CAGAUAACGAAGCGGUCAGUGUAUUCGCUUGUCGUGUGAAGAUUAACGUAUUUGUAAUCAAUAGUGCUAUAAUUAUGUGGGAGAAAAUUCUAUUUUGUAUAUCAAUGUGUGUUUUAACAUUCUCCUUUCUAUCUAAAAAGAUUUCAUAUACCGAACCGAGUAAACUUAGAUUUCAUUUAAAAUUUUUCAUAUAUUACUUCUUAUGUAGUUUGCUGGCGUUUGUUAUUUGGCCAAUAUUCUUGUUUAGACCGAGGAGUGUGAAAAAUAGCAGGCUAGCAGCCAGUAUUUUGAAACACAUAACCAAAUUAUACGAUUUGAAAUGGGAACUACGUGGGGCUGACAUACUCAGUGAAGAACGGGGAGCAGUGGUCGUAUCAAACCAUCAAUCUUCACUCGAUAUUUUGGGUAUGUUCAACAUUUGGGAAAUUGCUGAUAAAUUAACAGCAGUCGCUAAAAGAGAGGUUAUGUACGUGUUUCCAUUCGGAUUCGCCGCAUACCUCGCCGGUUUAAUUUACAUAGACAGAAAUAAUCCAAAACGAGCGAGAGAGCAACUUAAUAUGACGUCAGAUGUUAUGGUUACACAAAAGACAAAAAUCUGGCUAUUUCCUGAAGGGACACGAAACAAGGAUUACAGAAGUUUAUUGCCUUUCAAGAAAGGAGCAUUCCAUAUGGCCGUCGCAGCACAAGUUCCCAUCAUACCCGUAGUAUUUUCACCUUAUUAUUUUAUAAAUAUCAAACAAGGAAUUUUCAAUAAAGGUCAUGUUAUAAUUCAAUGUCUCGAACCAAUACCGACAAAGGGAUUAGGUCCAGAAGACAUCGACGACCUUGUAACACGAGUGCGCGAUGCGAUGUCCACUGUCUACAAAGAAUUAACUAAAGAAGUCAUAACGAAUUUACCAUCAGAUUACCCACAUACGACAGUAGGAUAAAUUUGAUUAAAAUAAAUAUUAUUUAUUUGUACAUGUGAUAUACUUACUAUUAAAAUAUUUAAAAAUA